UAUUAUUCAAACUUUUGGCGUCUCCUGUUGCACUCGUUUUCCUGCUUGUAGAUCUAACCAAAAAAACUCAAUAAAUUUCAAAAUGACAUAAUCGUACCGUACCAGAGGUUGAUAGAUAGCAGGAAAAUGGCGAAGACAAAUAUAGCAAAUAAGCCAUAGCAUGAAUCGCUCAAUCCAAACAAAUCCUAAAUGGACGCUCGGGAUUAACCGCAGUGGAAACGCUUGUCAAAAUUUCCUUUGAUUAUUCGUCGAGUCGCACUCGGGAUCCGAACUGGAAGCUCACAAGGCUCCACAGCCUCUUACAUAUAAGCUCAGCUAUAGCCACUGCAAGUACAGGAGCUGACACACAACACAGGUGGUAGCUAAUAUAGCUACCUCAAGCGAACCUCUUGUGCGUGGCCGUCCCGAGAACCAUCAGGCGAUCAACGAUGGUGUUCGGCGACCGCGCCGCCACGGGCGCGCCCGGCGCCGGCGCGGCGCCGGCGAGCACGAUGCGGUUCGCGCUGCACGUGAUGCGCGGGCGGUGGUUCAUGUUCUUCGCGUCGAUCCUGAUCAUGGCGGCGGCCGGCGGCACCUACAUCUUCGGCAUCUACUCCAAGGCGGUGAAGUCGUCGCUCGGGUACGACCAGCAGACGCUCAACACGCUCAGCUUCUUCAAGGACGUGGGCGCCAACGUCGGCAUCCUCCCGGGCCUCAUCAACGAGGUCACCCCGCCGUGGGUCGUCCUGGCGUGCGGCGCCGGCAUGAACCUCGCCGGCUACCUCAUGAUAUACCUCGCCGUCUCCGGCCGCACGGCGCGGCCCCCCGUGUGGCUCAUGUGCGUGUACAUCGCCGUCGGCGCCAACUCGCAGUCGUUCGCCAACACCGGCGCGCUCGUCACCGCCGUCAAGAACUUCCCCGAGGACCGCGGCGUCGUGCUCGGCCUGCUCAAGGGCUUCGUCGGGCUCAGCGGCGCCAUCUUCACGCAGCUCUACCGCGCCAUCUACGGCACCGACAACGACGGCGCGGAACUCGUGCUGCUCAUGGCGUGGCUCCCCGCCGCCAUCUCGCUGCUCUUCAUCCCCACCAUCCGCAUCAUGCCGCGGCGGGACGCGGCCGGGCAGGAGCGCGGCAGGGAGCGCAGGGCCUUCUUCCUCUUCCUCUACGCCUCCAUCGUGCUCGCCAUCUACCUCCUCAUCAUGAACGUCGUCGAGCUGGAGGUGAUCCGCUUCCCCAAGCCGGCCUACUACGUCACGGCUGCCGUCCUCCUCCUGCUCAUCUUCUUCCCGAUCGUCAUCGUCGUCAAGCAAGAGCUCAAGACCUACCUCCAGCCGCCGGCGCCGGCGAUCACGACCUCCUCCAUCGUCACGAUAACCGUCGAUCACGAGAAAACACACCCGUCCUCGGCCCAGGUGACACCGCCACCGGCUUCUGAUCAGGCCGCCGCCGCCGGCACCUCGCCGUCGUGCUUCCAGGACGUGUUCCGGCCGCCGGCGAGGGGCCAGGACUACACCAUCCUGCAGGCCCUGUUCAGCGUGGACAUGCUGGUCCUCUUCGUGGCCACCAUCUGCGGCAUCGGCGGCACGCUGACUGCCAUCGACAACAUGGGCCAGAUCGGCCAGUCGCUGGGCUACGCGCAGCGCUCCAUCACCACGUUCGUCUCCCUGGUGAGCAUCUGGAACUACGCCGGCCGCGUGGUCUCCGGCUUCGCCUCAGAGCACCUCCUCGCCCGCUACAAGGUGCCCCGCCCGCUGGCGCUCACCGUAGUCCUCCUCCUCGCCUGCGUCGGCCACGGGCUGAUCGCCUCCGGCGUCAGCAACGGGCUGUACGCGGCGUCCGUGAUCCUGGGCUUCUGCUUCGGCGCGCAGUGGCCGCUGCUGUUCGCCAUCAUCUCUGAGGUGUUCGGGCUCAAGUACUACUCGACGCUCUACAACUUCGGCGCCGUGGCGAGCCCCGUGGGCUCCUACAUCCUCAACGUGCGGGUCGCCGGCAGGAUGUACGACCGGGAGGCGCUCCGGCAGGGCGGGCGGAAGGGGCGGGACCUCACCUGCAUCGGGGUGCGGUGCUUCAGGGAGUCGUUCCUGAUCAUCACCGGCGUGACGCUGCUCGGCGCGCUCGUGUCGCUGGUGCUGGCGUGGAGGACGAGGGAGUUCUACCGCGGGGACCUGUACGGGCGGUUCAGGGAGGUCGGCAUGGUCGGAGCGGCCGCCGGCGGGGGAGGAGGAGAGGAUAAGAAGGUGCGUGAGGUAGCGAGCAGCAGCGGCGGUGUCAGUGACACUGACACCGGUAAUAAGGACUCCACUAGUACCAGUGAGAGCGGCAAUGGCAACAAGGUCUGAAUUGUAAAUGAGAUGGAGAAAGGUUAUUCCUUGAGUGCUCGACUGCUUGCCACA